AUGGAGACUACAGCCGACGCACCAGCCAUCUCCGCCGUCGACGUUAAGCUACCGCCAUUUUGGACAGCCGACCCUGAACUCUGGUUUCUGCAAGUGGAAUCGCAAUUCACCGCCCGACGCAUUACUGCCGACCAGACAAAGUACCACCACGUGGUCGGCAGCCUUCCACCUACAACAGCGAGCGAAGUACGAGAUCUACUGGUCGCUCCACCUGCAGUGAACGCGUACACAACUCUCAAGCGACUGCAACAGCUGCUACACGGCGCUGAGCUCGGCGACCGGACCCCUAGCCAAUUGUUGCGCCACAUGCAACAGCUGCUCGGCACGACGACCACCGACGUGGACAGCAGGCUGCUUCGGGAGCUCUUCCUGCAAUGGCUCCCCAUAAACGUGUGGAUGGUCCUCGCCUCGGCUGCCGACAAACAGCUUUCUCAGCUCGCCGAACUCGCCGACUUAGUAACGGCAGUGGCGUCGUGGACGGCGCCUUACGCGGCCUCAACUUCUGCCAUGCUUAGCUUGAUGACCUGUUAG